AUGUCUUCUGCCGUCGACAACCUCGCCGAGAACCUCAAGAACGCCAGCAUCGAGGACAACUCUGCUGCAAACAAUGAAGCUGUCCUUGCUUCUGCUGCCGAAGGUCGUCGAUUGUACAUCGGGAAUCUCGCUUAUGCGACAACUGAGGUGGAACUCAAGCAGUUCUUUUCAGGCUACGAUGUAGAGUCAACUUCCAUCCCCGUCAACCCGCGGACCAACCGUCCUGUCGGCUAUGCCUUCGUCGAUCUGAAAACUGCUGAAGAGGCCGAGAAGGCUAUCGAAAACCUGUCUGGCAAGGACAUCCUUGAGCGCAAGGUUUCUGUUCAACUCGCUCGCAAGCCUGAUCAGACUGCCACAGCUGAGGGCGCCGCUGAAGGUGCUGAAGGUGCCGAGCACAAGCGAUCCUCGGGACGCGGUCGUGGAGGCCGUGGCCGUGGCCGUGGUGGACGUGCUCGCGGAGGUGCGAGAGCUGCCGACGGUGCUGCCACUACCGAUUUCGCAGAGAACCCCCUUCCCUUGACCGACGUCACCGCCGAUGCCAACAAGGCCAGUAUCAACCCAGACGCCAAAGCCCGCACUCCCCGUCCCCCAAAGCAACGCGGACCACCGGAGGAUGGAAUCCCGUCCACGACCAAGGUCAUGGUUGCCAACCUGCCAUACGAUCUCAGCGAGGAAAAGCUCAAAGAACUUUUCGCCGACUACGAGCCGGUUUCCGCUAAGAUUGCUCUUCGUCCCAUUCCUCGAUUCAUGAUCAAGAAGCUUCAAGCUCGCAACGAGCCUCGCAAGGGCCGCGGCUUCGGCUUUGUCACUCUUGGUUCCGAAGACUUGCAGAAGAAGGCCGUGGAGGAGAUGAACGGCAAGCAGAUUGAGGGUCGUGAGAUUGCAGUCAAGGUCGCCAUUGACAGCCCAGGAAAGGAGGACCAUGACCAUGAGCACGAGCACGAGCACGAGACUGCUGAGAGUGGCCAAGAGAACGGUACCAACGGUACCACGGAGGAGGUGGCUGCUGCUUAG